GUGCAAUGAACGCCACAUGUACGGUUCCGGAGUGCUUGUGUACCAAGAGUCAUGAGCUGCCAGAGUAUCAAGCAACUCCCCUGAUUCCUCUCUCUUCCUGUUCGCCAAGCGAGAAAUACCGGAGCGUUGCUCCUGCAGAAAAACAACCAUGCGCAUGGCGCACCCUGGCGCAUUCUAAGAAAUUACUUCGUUUUCUACCUAUAAAUACGCAUCUCUGUCGACGAAUCGAAUUCGGUCAAUAUCAGAAACUCUCAGCAAUCAAUCCAAAAAACCCUAAUCCCUAUAAACCCUAACCCUAACUUCCUCAUGCGGAUUACAUUUUCCAACAGCAAUGACAUUGAUAUCCACCGCAUUUUCGCUUCUCCAAUCCCAAUCCGCUUCUCCACAGCUUGUAAUCUUCAAUGCGAAGAAGCUCCAGGUUUCCGUGAAUGCGUUGGAGUUCCAAACGAUAGGUCAUUUUGAUUUGAAUAGAGUAAAAUCGAAUAGCUGGAGAUUUAGGAAGAGAUUUUCAUUGAGGGCUGCGGGAGAUUUUGAGAAUUCCGAUGAUAGGCGUGUCGGAGGAAAUGGGUCUGAGAGGGAGAGAUGGAGGUUGGAUAAGGAAAUAUUGGUUCGCAGAUUGAAAGGAACGAUCAAUGCCUUUCCUCCUGUUAUUUUCACGAUGAAAAGAUGCAUUAGCACAAACUCAGGGAUUGGAUUAUUUGUUGCAAUUGCAUUCUUGGUGAUUGCUGUAAGACAAAUUUUAGCCAGGAAGCCAAGGUAUAGUCAGCAUGGAUCUGUGGCUGAUCUUGUGAAGCGAGGCCAGUUGAGAUCUGAUAGAAGAGGCAUUUCAAGGCCCCUCAAGUAUGAAGAUCCUUUUGAUAACCCCUUGGUGAAGGUUGGUAAGAGCAAUUCAACUGUGGAAAUGUGCGGGAAGGUUUAUCGCUUGGCGCCAGUUACCCUUACUGAAGAGCAACAAUCGAUCCAUCAGAAAAGAAGGUCACGUGCAUACCAGUGGAAGAGACCCACUGUUUUCCUCAAGGAAGGGGAUCCAGUGCCACCAGAUGUUGACCCUGAUACAGUUAGAUGGAUUCCAACCAACCACCCUUUUGCUACUACGGUCAACAACAUUGACGAGGACAUGGCACAGAACAAUGUGUUCCAAAAGGAUGGUGUUCCUUUUCGUAUUAAAGCUGAGCAUGAAGCAUUGCAGAGGAAACUGGAGGCUCUACAAAGUGAGCAAAAACUCAACAAAAUGGCGAUUGACCAAAGCAGCAUAAGGGAUUUUGAAAGACCGUUCAAGUCAUUCUCCAAGCAGCAGGAGCAGGUGGAACAGAGCUCUUCUCCCAAUCAUCAGAGUGGCCAUGCUAAUGGUCAGAAAAGUGCUAGACCGUCGGAUUCUUUUGAAAACAACACACAAUCUGAGGAACUGCAGAAACCUUAGAAGGCCCUCUUUUUUGUGGAUCUCAUAAUCAUUAGUAAUGCCUUUUUCUUUCUUUUUUUUUUCCCCUUUGUAGUGUAAGAUCAUUUUUUGUCGGUCAAUGUAAAAGAAAUGAAUUUAAAAUAUGUUUAUUCUACAAGGAUUUCUGGAAAAAAAAAAAUUGCAUUCUUGGUUGUAAA